GACACGACGUCACAUCCGUUUUCUCGAUGCCGAAGCGAACGUUCCAGAGUAAUGGCGGCAUGCCGGGGUUCUUCGUCGAAAUGGUAUUUCACCCGGGAGCAGCUGGAAAACACCCCGUCCCGCCGAUGUGGAGUAGAAUCAGACCGGGAGCUCUCCUACCGACAACAAGCGGCGAAUCUGAUCCAGGACAUGGGUCAAAGGCUCAACGUCUCUCAACUGACUAUAAACACAGCAAUUGUUUACAUGCAUAGAUUUUAUAUGCAACAUUCUUUCACCAAAUUCCAUAGAAAUAUAAUAUCUCCAACCACCCUAUUUUUGGCUGCAAAAGUGGAAGAGCAACCCCGGAAGCUUGAGCAUGUAAUUAAAGUAGCACAUGCUUGCUUAAAUCCACAGGAGUCUCCUCUAGACACGAAAAGUAACGCAUACCUCCAGCAAGCUCAAGAGCUGGUGAUACUUGAAUCCAUUGUGCUGCAGACCCUGGGCUUUGAAAUUACUAUUGAUCACCCACACACUGAUGUGGUGAAAUGUACCCAGCUAGUGCGAGCAAGCAAGGAUCUGGCACAGACUUCCUAUUUCAUGGCUACCAACAGUUUGCACCUCACUACCUUCUGCCUCCAGUACAAGCCCACAGUGAUCGCCUGUGUAUGCAUACAUCUGGCCUGCAAGUGGUCCAACUGGGAGAUUCCGGUUUCCACUGAUGGGAAACAUUGGUGGAAGUACGUGGACAGCACAGUGACUCUGGAGCUGCUUGAUGAGCUGACUCAUGAGUUUCUGCAGAUUCUGGAGAAAACUCCAAGCAGACUGAAGAGAAUACGGAAUUGGAGGGCGACACAAGCUGCAAAAAAGCCCAAAAGUGAAAAUAUGCAGUCGAUGGAUAACGCAUUUUCUGGGCCUUCAUUGCUCCAGGACCACGGCGAUACAGCACUUCCUGGAGUUUCCUCGUCCAACCCAAGUUUUUCCAAAGCAGGUGCUGCCUUUUCUGUACCCAUGCCCGGGCAUUCCAGAGGGGUCCCGUUGUCUCUGGACGCCAUGGCUGCCACGUACAACCCAGCCAGCCACAGUGAAUGGCCUCAGGUUAACCAGAGCCAUUACCCCUCCACCUGCAUAAAACAGGAACCGCUCAGCAUCUCCAUCCAUGAAUCCAUGCUGUCUCUGCAGACUUCCACUUCCUCUUUGCUCCAGCACCCUCCGCCUUACAAGACUGAAAAAACAGUUGAUUUAAACCUUGUUAAGCAAGAGAAAGGAACAGCAGGCAAGCAUCACUCAACACCUCAGCCUGCUUACCCUCCUUCCGGUCAGCCUCCAGUUCUGAAACUGUCUCUGGAUAAAUACAGAGAGAAACAUUCUGCAGAGUAUACUGUCCAGAAGCGUAGGCAAGACCCCCAUGGAGGACUAAUGGACUGUGAUGUAAAAGGCGACUUAACUUCCUCUUCUACCUAUGCACCACCAAACAUUACCCACAUAGAACAUAGAAAACAUGCACAGCCUCAUCAAGCCUCCCAGAGCGGCAACACGACAGCUUCCCCUCUGAAAAUGAAAAUCCCUUCCUCCUCAGCUUCUUCAGGGCAAGACAGACGCCAUCACGGAGACAAAGCCUCGCUCAAGCUUCGUCUGCCUGUCCCCGGGUCCAGCAGCAACGCUCUGCCAGAAAAGAGCGGACAACCAAUCAAAGAUGAGUUCAAGAUGAAGAUCAAAGUUUCCUCAUCGGAGCGGCACAGCUCAUCAGAUGAAGGCAUUUCCGCCAACAACAGCAAGAGCAAACAUUCCAGCCCGCUGGUGAGCAAGGAGAAGCAUCGCAGCGCCGAGCACAACCUCCAUCGCCCCCACAAGCACAGCGGCAAUGGGCGAGGGGCCGCUGAGGCUCCGGGUUUGCUGCGAGUUCCUCCUGGUCUGGUGGCAAUGGAAGGAACGGCGCUCGGUCAUCCCACGUCCGCCACUUUGACGUCGUCAUCACGAAAGAGGGCCUACGCCGAGGGCGGCCACAACCACCACCCCUCAUCUUCGACUUCCUGCUCCAAAGUGAGCAAAAUCUCCAAGAGUGGCACUAGUGCUGCAGGUGGGCUGCGGACCUCUCAGCAGUUCCUCCCUCCUGGCGAAUCGCCACAUGAAGUGGGAGAGCAGAGACACUGAAUCCGACGCUCUGCAGCACAUGGAACUGGCACCAAACUACCGACCACUGAGACUUUGAAGACUAUGCUGACCUCUUUGUCAAGUGCCCUAAGAAAAUAACACUUUGUGAAUAUAAACCCUUUACUGAGAGGCAGAAAGCGUUGCUGCAAAUAAUUAUUGUUGGACUUCUCUGUUUCUGAGAGACAAGAAAGAUGAAUAAUUAUGCUUCCUGUCGCACCUCGGGGCUGUGACGUUCAGUCCUUUGUUUGUUAGUGUUGAAUUGCUGCUCAGUUUUCACUUUCUCCUCGAAAGGGUGGAAGAAUUUGCGAACGUGGAUGCGUGGGGUGGGGAAAGGUUCCAACCUCACGUUGUAAGACCUCCAUAUGAGAGGACAAGUAUUACAAGUUCUAUAAAAGCAUGAAAGGUGCACUUUCUUCAUUUUCAUGUUUGUUUGUUUUUGUUUUUUAGUAAUUUAAAUAUAUUGCGUGAUUAUAUGGAAGAAGUUAUCUGGCCAGCUGGAGAUGAGUUAGUUUGUUUUCUGGAAUUCCCCUUGAUACUGUUAAUGGAUGCAAUAUUUUUUAGGUGUAAAGUUCCAUCUCCAAAAUUACUUUCUGGUCUUGGUUUCCUUUUUUAUACUUAAACUGCAUUUGAUUUGCAUGUUUCAAUCAUCAAAGGGAUGUGAGAGAGGAGCACUUAACUUGCUGUUUACAAAAAAAAAUGGAGAUAAAUGUACAUAUGUUUCUUUUGUAUGUUUAAAAAAGAAGCUAUACCAUGACUACUCAGGUUUGGAGCUGCUUGUAAUUAUAACAAGAUGACUAUAAUACAUAUAAAGGUUUUAUUUCACGGCUCAGUU